AUGGCAAUCAAGGGCAUCGUGAAAUCUACACAUUUCAUUUUAUUCUGCCAAUGCUUGCCUAACAACAAUGGCAUAGUCUAUGGAAGUUAUCCCAACUCUCCCCAUUACACCAAUUCACUUAAAUUACACAACGUCGACCCUGUCCUUUGCUCGACAAUUCUCAAUUCUCCUCUUAAAUCUCAAAUUCUACCAACGCCCUGCAUACCAUUUUAUGCAGCCAGUUUUCUUGCAUCGGGUUCAUCUCCACCACCCAUCCUCAUCCACCGGAACUGUCGACCAACUGGAUUCUCCGCCCACUUAACCAAAGCCUGCCUCCAAUCAGAAGCCGACCCUUAA